AUGCCCUCCCCUCCCCUCCGCAUCGCCAUCCUCGAAUGCGACACGCCCCUCCAAAACACCAAUUCCAAAUACGGCGGGUACGGCGGGGUAUUCACCUCACUCCUCCAGCGGGGGGCCUCUUCGCUCUCCCCUCCGCUCCCCGACUCCUCUCUGCAGAUAACCAAAUACGACGUUGUCACCGCGCAGGAAUAUCCCUCCCUCUCCUCCAUCGACGCAGUCCUCAUUAGCGGAUCGCGACACACGUCUUUUGAUUCCGAUGCGUGGAUCGCGAAGCUGGUGGAGUUUGUGAAGGGGGUGUUGGCGCAGGAGAGAGUGCGCCUGGUGGGAGUGUGUUUUGGACAUCAUAUUAUUGGGAGGGCGUUGGGGACAAAGGUGCAGAGGAGUGAGAGGGGGUGGGAGGUGAGUGUUACGCCUGUGGAGUUGACGGGGAGGGGGAAGGAAAUUUUUGGGUUGGAGAAAUUGAACAUAUUCCAAAUGCACAAAGAUAUCAUCUACGCAUAUCCGCCCGAAGUCGAACAAUUAGCAUACACAGAUAAAUGCGCCACGCAGGGAAUGUACAUCAGCAAAAGACUCAUCACCGUCCAAGGACAUCCGGAAUUCACAGAGGAGAUAGUGCGGGAAUUAUUAGAGGCACGACAUGCAUCGGGGGUUUUUGACGAUGAGACUUACACGGAUGCGGUGGGGAGAGUAGCUAAGGAGCAUGAUGGUGUGAAAGUAGCGCAGGCAUUUUUGAAAUUCAUCAUGGAGGAUUAGACGGAGAUUCUUUUGGGGUGGGAAUAGUCGUAUAAUUCACUAUCGGUGUAUGAAGCCAUUUCUCAGGAAAUUCCCAAUCUUUACUCCAUCCAUUGAGCAUUCAAAUUAUAAUCAUUAAAUAACUCUAUCACUCAAUAUACCUAUCCUUCUCACCCCUUCUCAUCCCUUCCCAUCCCAUCCCAUGAAACUCCACUCCUCCACCCUUCAAAUCCCCAUCCCCAUCCCAUACGCAGAAGCG